AAAUAAAUUAAUCAAAUUCCGGGAGGCUUCAUGAAGUGCUUCUUUAGGAGUUAAACUUCCAUUUGUCCAUAUUUCUAGAAAAAGAAUCUCUUGUUUUUCAUUCCCAUUCCCAUAAGAAUGAAUACUAUGAUUCGCAUUUUGAACAGGCAUGAAUACAGCAUCUAUAGGAUAACUUCGGUCUUCAAAGUUAUUUGACAUUUUUAAACUAUAUCCGCGAUUCCUCUCGAUUUUUAAUCCAAUACACAAAUUUAUUGGUUCCGUUAAGGUAGCUAUAUGCUGUGUAUUAUCAACGAUUUCCACAGAGGGCGGUAAAACUAUGUCUCGAGCAGUUAUAUAUCCGGGACCUUGGACACAAAUAAGCGCGUUGCGCGUUCCAUAUAGAUUACUUUUUAAUACAAUCUCGUUCAAAUUCAUUAAAAUUUCAUGUACUGAUUCUUGAAUACCGACUAUGUUAGAAUAGUCAUGUGGUAUGUUCUCAGAUUUUGCACGUGUAAUACAUGUUCCUUCUAUUUCGCCAAGUAAAGCUCUUCGCAUCGCAAUGCCUAUUGUGUCGGCUUGACCUUUCAUAAGUGGAGACAGAAUAAAGCGUCCAUAAUAAAGACGCUUACUGUCUCUUCUUGAUUCAACACACUUCCACUGUAGUGUCCGAGUAGAUACUUUGACUUUCUCUCGAACCAUAGUAAUUUUAUUUGAUCAGAUCAUUGAAUCAUUUAUUUCUCUUGAAACCCUUUCAGCCUUUAUUUAGUUCUAUACACGUCGUUUUUUAGGGGGUCUACAACCAUUAUGUGGCAUAGGGGUUACAUCUCGUACGAAACUUAAAAGUAUACCGCUUCUACGAAUAGCUCGUAAUGCUGCAUCUCUUCCUAGUCCAGGGCCUUUUAUCCUUACUUCAGCUCGUUGCAUACCUUGAUCCACUACUGCUCGAAUAGCAUUUCCUGCUGCGGUUUGAGCAGCAAAAGGUGUUCCUCUUCUUGUACCCCUGAAUCCACAAGUACCCGCGGAGGACCAAGAAAUCACCCGACCCCGUACAUCUGUAACGGUCACAAUGGUAUUGUUGAAACUUGCUUGAACAUGAAUAACUCCCUUUGGUAUUCUACGUACAUUUUUACGUGAACCACUACGGGUAUUUUUACGUGAACCAAUUCUUAAUAUAGGUUUUGCCAUAUUUUUUCAUUUCACAAGAAAUAUAUGGAUAUAUCCAUUUCAUGUCAAAACGGACCUUUUUUUUACUAGCUCCUUGGAAGUGCCUUUUCCUUUAGUAAGAUUAUCCUUGUCUUUGUUUAUGCCUCGGGUUGGAACAAAUUACUAUAAUUCGUCCCCUCCUACGGAUUAGCCGACACUUUUCACAAAUUUUACGAACGGAAGCCCUUAUUUUCAUAGUUGUUAUUCCUUAAUUCUCUUAAUAUACUUAUUGUUGGACGAAAAAAAGGUUUCUUGAUAUUUUUGAAUCUUGAAUUGUAUCUUCGUGAAAGGAAUGUUGAAUUUCAAAAAACCACUGACUUAUUUGAAUCCUUGUUAUGGAGUCUAGAAAGUGGCUGUUCCCCGAUUAACUUAAUACCUAAGAACUUACUAAAAUUUUUACCCCCCUUUUUCUCCUAUAGGUAUACCUAUACAAAAAUAUGUCGAAUCCUUUCAGAAGCAUGACCUAAAAUAAAAAAAAUCUUUAGUAUCUAAACAAAAUCGAACCAUACCGUUCGGAAGUGAUUCAUAAAGAAAACUUUCAUUAAUUCAUUUUUUUCUUUAAUUUCAUUCGGGGUAAAAAAUUCUAAACUUUUUUAGCAGGGGUGGUAUUACACAACCCCCCCCCUUUUUUUCACAAAUGCUAAGUUCCGGAUAUCCAAUUUUGAUAUUAGAAGGAUUACCAUAUAUAACACAAAAUUUCUCCGCCGAUUCUUUUUAGUCGAGCUUCUCGAUCUGUCAUUAUACCUUGAGAAGUUGAAAGGAUUACAAUUCCUAUUCCGCCUAAAAUUCGUGGAAUUCGUUGAGAGUUAGAAUAGAUUCGUAGACCCGGUCGGCUUAUUCUCUUUAAAUUUAAAAUCGUUUUAUAGGAUUCUUUCUUAUUUCGUCUAUGUCUUAGGGUUAAAAUCAAAAAAUAUUGAUUGUUUUCGCGAUGUUUCCUUACGUUUUCGAUAAAACCCUCUCGUAAAAGUAUUUUAACAAUGCUUUCGGUGAUGUUAGUCGAUCCUAUCCGAACUGUUCCUUUUCUAUUCAUGUCAGCAUUUCGUAUAGAGGUUAUUAUAUCAGCAAUAGUGUCUUUCCCCAUGAUAAGUUAAAAUUCCUUAAUUGUUCUAUAAUUUUGAUAUAAUCAACAUGUUAUUUUUCUUUUAUUUAUAUAAAAAUAGAGACGAAUUAUAUAUUAAUAUAUGAAUUCAAUUAUUAAUAUAUAAAAUUAUUAAGGGUAUAUGCGUGAUACACAAUCUAUUAAUUAUAAUUAAUUUGAUUUCAAUACCAUUUUUUUAAUCCUAUCCUAUAUUAACUAUCGAUAUUUAGGUCUUAUAAUACUUCAGGAGCUAAUGAAACUAUUUUAGUAAAGUUUAAUUGUCUCAAUUCCCGUGGGAUCGCCCCAAAAACGCGAGUUCCUUUUGGAUUUCCUUCUUGAUCAAUGACAACUGCGGCAUUGUCGUCAUAUCGUAUUAUCGUCCCAUUCUUACGUUUGAGUUCUUUACAAGUACGUACAAUUACAGCUCUGACCACUUCUGAUCUUUCUAGAGUAGUAUUUGGGAUUGCUUCCUUGAUUACAGCAACAAUAACGUCACCAAUAUGAGCAUAGCGGCGAUUACUAGCUCCUAUUAUUCGAAUACACAUCAAUUUUCGAGCCCCGCUGUUGUCUGCUACAUUCAAAUAGGUUUGUGGUUGAAUCAUAUUUUUGUAUCUCUUCUUUUAGUGCAAAGGACGAAGUAAAAAAAAUAUUGUUUGUCAAAAAAAACUUAGAAUCUUUUUAUCCUUAAAUGUUAUUUAGCUUUUUCAUUCUAUAUUCCUAUUCAGAAAUAAUGAAUUGGGUUUUUAUAGGCAUUUUUGAUGCCGCGAUUGAAAUAGCUUUUCUGGCUAUAUUUUCUGGUACACCACCCAUUUCAUAAAGGAUUUUACCUGGUUUAACCACAGCUACCCAGUACUCUGGGGAUCCUUUCCCAGAACCCAUACGCGUUUCCGCGGGUCUUACUGUAACUGGCUUGUCUGGAAAUAUACGUACCCAAAUUUUUCCACCACGUCGUAUAUUUCGUGUCAUUGCUCGUCGCCCUGCUUCUAUUUGUCUAGAUGUAAUCCAAGCGGGUUCAAGUGUUUGAAGAGCAUAUCUGCCAAAACAAAUACGAUUCCCACGAGAGGAUAUUCCUUUUAGUCUUCCUCGAUGUUGUUUACGAAAUUUGGUUCUUUUUGGGUUAUAGUUGAUGGGUUUUUUCUAAAUGAGAAAUUCCAUCUCUACUGCAGAACUGGACGUGAGAGUUUCUUCUCAUCCAGCUCCUCGCGAAUAAAAGGAUUAAUUAAGAUAUAGAUGUAGUUAAUGAUUAAUCCUAUUAAUCAUGGUAUUUUUUUUUUAUUUCAUCUUAUCUCUUCUAAAUUUGUGUAUGUCUUUUUUGAAAUAGAAUCAAAGAUCAAUUUUAUUUCGAUUUAUUUAAAAAUAACGUAAUAUCAUCAUUACAAAUGUAAUUUUUAUUAGAGUUAGAAUAUUAUAACAAAUCCUUAUUUUUUUUUCAUUGUUUUUUUCAUCUUUUAUUACUGUUUUUAUUUGAAAAAAAAAAACCAAUUUUUCGCCGGCGAAUAUUUACUCUUUCAAUAUCUAUUUAAGUUUGCUGUUUAUCCCCCGAGGUCUCAGAAUCAAAAUCAGAAUAGAUAAUAAAGUUUCUGGUUUAUUCCGCCAUCCUGUCCAAUGAAUUACUAAGAUUUCUUGUUCACUAGAAUCCUAUAUAUUCAUGGGUUCCGUCGUUCCCAUCGCUUCUUGAUUAAUCAUUAGGCCUGAAUUCUACAAUGGAGCUUUUACAUGAAAUUUUGAAUUUCUUUUUUUUUUGAGGCAAUUUUCUCAGUUUUGAUUGUCUCAAGGCUCUUAAUUUUUUGUUUUCGGAACAGAUUUAUCUAAUUAUUAUUAUUUAUCUAAUUAUUAUGAAUGAAUCUGUAUUGAUGCUUUAUUACAUUGCUUUUCUUACAGUGACCUCAUAGAUUUUCCAAAUUGGAAUCAUAUAUCAUUAAUAUUCAAUUUUUUCGCUCUUUCUUUCAUCCUUCCAUUUAUCCGCAUACUUUUUGAUUACCUUUCAUAACUUAAUAAUCAUCUUUCUUUAUUCUUUUUUUUUAGUCAGUUGCUCCAAUGAUAUGAUCAGCCUAUCAUAUCUUGACUAAUUUUUUGGAUCCAGAUAAUGCGAAGCAAUGAGUUGCUUAGGUUAUUUAUUAAUGCUGUAGUUAUUAGUUGGUAAGUUCUUUUUUUUUUUAUCGUAAUCUAACCCUAAACCAACGAGUCACACACUAAGCAUAGCAAUUAUAUCAAAGGAGUUUUGAUGGAAAUGUUUAUUCAACCUUAUAGAAUUGCUUAUUUUUUUUUCUUAAACAUAAAAAAGAAGACUACAAGUUUUUAUUUUUAUUUCUUUAUAGUGUUAUACUACAUAGUUUUCGUUUUUUAUCAUUGGAUAAAAUGUAAAGACAAAUAAAGUUUUUUUAUUCUUCGUCUACGAAUAUCCAAAUUUUUAUUCCUAAAACCCCAUAAAUAGUUCGAACUGUAUAGGAACAAUAAUCAAUUUUAGCUUCAAUUGUUUGUAAAGGAACUCUGCCUUCUCUGAUCCAUUCAACACGUGCAAUUUCUUUUCCGUCGAUACGUCCUGCAAUUUGUACUUGAAUUCCUUUUGUAUUCGCCUGUUCAGUUAAUUCAAUAGCUUUUUUCAUUGCUUUUCGAAAAGAAACGCGAUUUUUUAAUUGGCCAGCUAUAAAUUCUGCAAGAAUAUUAGGAUGCCCAUACGGAUUGGAAAUUCGGGUAAUAGCAAUGUUGAGUUUUCUAUUGACACAAUUAAGUUCUUUUU